AUGGCCCCAGGUUUUCGGUCAGUGGACGCGAAGUAUAGUUGUGAGGACGUGACAGCCGCAAUUGCUUUUGACGAAGCGGCUGGGUGGCAGAUGCGCCCAGGGCGCGCCGACAAGGGGGCUCCUUGCCUCCGCUGCGUGGCGCGCCCUGGGCAGGAUCUCGCAAUCCGGGCCGACCUGCGCGGCAUUUGCCAACUAGUGUGGAACACUCAACAUGACCUCAGAUCGAAAUACGAUGCCGCAAAGAAUCAGAGUGGCACUGUCACUAGCGAGGCGAAGGCGCGGGAGUUGGCCCUGGUCUACGCAAAAGUUCUUGCUGCAUCGGAUGCGCUGCGCAGAGCGACCGGAGUCUCGUCGGCGGCGCCGCCCAAACCAAAAGAUGGAGGCAUACACAUGGCCGUAGAACCGGCCGUUUUACUGUUUAUGUGCACAUCUCGACUCUACCGGGAAAUGCACCGUGGCGUCCAAGAUGCAGAAACGGAGAACGUUGUGGAAUCGCCAGCUUGCGUCGGUGAGACACUACGGAACAAAGUUCAUGCAAAACUGGUUGUAAGCGGCUACAUCUCGAAGGCGGAAUCAACCACGAUAAUGGUCCGUCGGCCCAGUGCCGCUGCUGCUCCUGCUCCCCUGGCCCAUGACGUCGCUGGGGCCAUCAUAGUGCCCAACGACCUGGCGCCGCUCCCCUGUUACCGCUGCUUUCGAGCGGCAUUUUCGGGCUCCGGCCCGCUGGCGGCCCCGGCCUGCGUGUUCGCGGGGGGCUCCCUGCGGUGCCUGCACACCUCGUGCAGAGGGAAGGGAAUUUGUUGGCCGCUCCCGGCCAUGAUGGCCGGAGAUUGCCAGGCCCUCCUGGCCAUAGUGACGGCGGUGCUGGCGCGUAUUUGUGGACUCUCCUCUCUCGCCAUGGCUCGGGAAUACACGAACAAGACUGACGUGUCCGGCUUCCAAAGGGCCAUCGACGUUCCACCACCCUCCAUGAGCUUAGAAGUGCUCGAGCAGUCAAAUAAAGCGUGCAACUGGCUGUCCACCCGAGCCUUUGUCGCCAUUGCAUCAUCUCAGGCGGCCCUCGUUUUGCGUUAUUCUGCUUCGAUCACCAUUGUGGCAGAGAUGUACAUGUUUCUUGCGAGGUACGGUGCGACCAGAAAGGACCAACUACUAUUUCAAGUCCUGCUCUUGAAGUAG